AUGAAAUCGGGUAUAAAGGUAGCACACUGUAUUGUUGAUCAUCAGUAAAGUCACAAAUACAAAAUGGCGACAAUCAACUUGUUAAUUUUAUUGUGUUGCGCAGCAGUAUUUGUUUCUGCACAAAAUGCCGAUGUAGCAAAAGCUGGUGAAAGAAUUUGGGGUGGAGUGGAAGCAGACAGGGGACAAUUCAAAUGGCAAGUAGCCAUAGGAUCUAAAACGGAAGAUGGAUUUUACUCUCCCCUUUUCAGUGGUGCUCUUAUUAGCAAACAAUGGGUUUUGACAGAUGGCAGAGCGAUAUCUCCAGAUUACGAGUAUGACGUUAUUUUGGGCGCAACUCUCCUGUACGAUGACCAAGAUGGCAAAAUAAUAACUAAAUUUCAGAAAAUUGUACGUAGCUCCGAAUAUUCGAUUGCUUUAGGUAAACUAGUUGCACCAGUGCAGUUUACCGACUACCUUGGACCAAUCAGACUACCAAAAUCAACAGAUUUCCUUGCUGCAGGAACUCCAGUGUGGACAAGUGGAUGGGGUUGGACGAGUUAUAAGGAAGAACAUAUCAAUGAGCUCAUGUGUGUUGAUUUGAUUACGGAUAGUUGCAACAAUGGUAAUCUUCCUGAAUAUUUCGUGUGUACAGAUGGCAGUGAAGAAAAAUGUCCGUAUUAUGGCGGAGACGAAGGUACUGCACUUGUGCAGUACAUUAAUGGCGCUUGGACUCAUAUGGCUACACUGAGUUUUCUUCGCAGUAUUGGAUGUACUGAACCCGCUAUGUUCACACGUACUACAUAUCUUCUUGAUUUUAUUUACUCCCAUACUGGUCCAAUAUCCAACUACAAUUAAUGAUUCAUUCAUUAUUGUAAACAUUAAAUAAACAAUGAGUUUAUUGAGUUACCAAAAAAA